CCCACAUUGACAGGACUUAAUUUGGAUAAAGCAUCAGAGGGCAAUGGGCCUCAAUGGGGGGCUGGUCCUGGGACUCCAUACUUUGGUGACCCUCCUGAGCCUCCAGGAAGCUGGGGCCAUCAAGGCAGACCACAUGGGUUCCUAUGGACCCGCCUUCUACCAGUCCUAUGAUGGUUCAGGUCAGUUCACCAAUGAAUUUGAUGGGGAACAGCUGUUCUCUGUGAGCCUGAAGGAGAGGGAGGCUGCGUGGCGCCUCCCUGAGUUUGGCAACUUCGCCUACUUUGACCCCCAGCGGGGGCUGGCCAGCAUUGCAGUGAUCAAAGCUCACCUGGACGUCUUGGUGGAACGCUCCAACUACACCAGAGCCUCCAAUGUGCCUCCAAAGGUGAUUGUAUUCCCCAAGUCUCGAGUGGAACUGGGUCAACCCAACGUCCUCAUUUGCAUGGUGGACAACAUCUUCCCUCCUGUCAUCAAUAUCACCUGGCUGCGCAACGGUCACACAGUCACUGAGGGAGUGGCCCAAACCAGCUUCUAUUCCCAGCCAGACCAUCUAUUCCGCAAGUUCCACUACCUGGUCUUUGUCCCCUCAGCUGAUGAUGUCUACAAUUGCAGGGUGGAGCACUGGGGCCUGUCUGAACCACUCCUCACACACUGGGAACCCCAGGUGCUCAUGCCGCUGCCCAACGUCACAGAGACCCUGGUGUGCGCCCUGGGCCUGGCCAUUGGCCUGGUGAUGGCUCUUCUAAGAGAAAAGGAUCAUGGGAUACUGCCUACAGAUUUAGACUCCUUGCUAGUUUCUGACAUCCCUGCCUGUUCAGUGCUCCAGUAUACUGAAUACACCUUCAUCAAACUGCCUGUGGAUGGAACCCACCUCUCCUCUAGGUUUCUUCCUUUUGUCCCUAGUGCUCAUGGUGACACAUGUGGAGGUACUGCCAGCUCCCUUUCUCACACCCAUACUCUUGUUUCCUCUACCCAAAGCUCUGACUAGCAGCAGUAAAGUUAUUAAAGAUA